GGGCCCUAGCAUGGGUAUAAAUGGCACGCUGAGCCUCCAUGGGCAGACUGCAGGCGUUCUUGACUUUCUUGGGCUAUGAAUAAGGAGCCUAAAGUGAUAAGGUUGGGCUCAAGAAAGAUCCAGCAGCUGGCACUGCUGCGGAGGGGUAGUAAGUCAAAAGAAGCGGCACAACAACACGUGGGAACUGAACGCCAUUUCGUUCUCUACUCGCUGCGGCUUUCUGCACGACAUCUGAAAGGGCAAAAUCCAAUAGACGCUCACGUCAAGGCUGGCCAUUUCUCCUGUAGGCAGUUCGUGUCGGCUGCAGCUCCCACGUUUCCAGUACAGCGGGACCCGAUACGCUCUCCACAACCAGGGACACUACUGCUGAUCACAGAUAGCAUGAGACGUUCCCCGGGAACUGGCUACGGCUCAGCUACUGGGUCACUCAUCAAUUUCUAUGCAGCAAGGGCUUGUCUGCCGUAUCCUUGGCGACAACCUGACGACAUCGUCAUCUACAUUCAUAGUACCCUUCUUCUGAUUGCAUUCAACAAUUCAAAGCAGCCUCGAGGAAUCUUUCAGCCCGUCGGCAACCUAGAACACAUCGAAAGCACCAGGUAUAGCCUUGGCCUCGAUGCUAAAAACGCCAGUCACGAAAGGGGCAAGAGGUGUAACUUGAAAAGCACGACACCCGUGGGGACAGUUCACGGCAGAGCCGCAUUGAAGGGCUGGGUAGCCCCGCUAGUGGUGGAAACCUCGCAGGGAGCGGGAAGCUUGGGAACUACGAUCUACAUAUCGCCACUCUCACUGGGGGAUAGACCGCCCGAAGCAUCAGAUGACGCUCUCCCGAAUGGUGUUAUCGCACGCAGGAGGCUUGGAAAGGUUCAUGCGGAUGUGGAGACGGCACGUUUGCGGCGUAGGGCAAUGCAGGUUAAGCGAUACAGCUUCGAUAGCAGUGCUGGGAUUGAUGAAGCAGGGUUGAUCUGCGCAUCGGGGCAUGGAGCUGCUCUUGGGACGUUGCCGGCUUUAAUUGCACAUGCGAAAAGGAACUAUCUGCGUGGGCAACAUUUCCAGCACGACUUGUAUCUAUGGAUCCCAGCAGGAAGUGCUGGGUCCGGCUGCAGGGCAUGGCAUGUGUUGCUCGAGCCCGGCAGCCAGGACGAGCGGAAGACAGGUUGGGAUGGGCAUGCUACGGCACCUGCAGCAGCAUAG